AUGGUCUCAGUUCAGAGCUGCACCAGGAGGAAUAUGGCUGGCUUCCCUCUUGCUUUACCAGGCUUUGGGAGCUCAGGAAAGAGCUUUCUUAUUGACAAUCUGCUGAAGUCUCAGACACCUCCGGUCCAUACAGAAGGAGCAGCAAGUGUCCACCUGAGACGAGUAGCAUGUGAACUCCCAAGAGGAACCUGGAUCCAUGAGCAUGGAGCACAACAAAGUCUGACCCAAGGUCUACAACAGGUGAAAGAUGCAAGAAGGUCACUUCUGCCAGGCUCAGGUGUGCUGAGCAGUGUUUUCCUUCAGAGCCCGCAGUAUGUGCUGGCGUGCUGCGGUGGGUCCAGCCCCCCUUCUGUCUUCUCCAAGGGAGCAAAUGCUCAAAUGUGGCCUGUUAACAUGAGUCCGAAAUCACGUAGAGGGAUCCUCAGGAGGGCUGUGUUCUCUGAAGAACAAAGGAAGGAGCUGGAGAGAACUUUUCGCAGACAGAAGUACAUCAGCAAAACAGACAGAAAUAAACUGGCAGCUGACCUCUGUCUCAAAGAGUCACAGGUUAAGAUCUGGUUUCAGAACCGACGUAUGAAGUGGAGAAAUUGCAAGGAAAAGGAGGUUCAAAACAUCCGGUCCCCAAUGGAUGAGCUAAUGGCCAGAGGCCUCGCUCAGGAAGAGGAACCGUCACACAAUCACACUAAUGCAAAAACAGAGAGUUCAACUCCACAGAAGGGUACCAUGGACACAUGAGGGUCCAUCAUGAGAUGAUGCUAAACCAGUGACUUUCUGUGAACUCUCAACACAGAAAAGAUGUUAGAAAUGUAUGAAUGGAAUACGUUGUCUGUGUGGACUAAUACUGAUGACACAAAAUUGCCUUUAAGUCCAUAUCAUGUCUUGUUGCAUAGUUAUAAAUGUAAUUAGAGUCAACUGCUUCAUAAGUCAUUUUAUAACAUUACACUCACUUCAGUAAGCAAUUUCACGGUUAUUACUCUGUCCAAUCUUUCCAAGAAAGAUUCCCAUGCUUCGAUUGUAAUUGCAAUCAC